UGGAGCUGCUGCUGCUUGGGGCGGUGUGGCUGGCGGGCCCGGCCCGCGGGCAGAAUGAGACGGAGCCCAUCGUUCUGGAGGGCAAGUGUCUGGUGGUGUGCGACUCCAACCCCACGUCUGAUCCCACCGGCACAGCUCUGGGCAUCUCUGUGCGCUCCGGCAGCGCCAAGGUGGCUUUCUCUGCCAUCAGGAGCACUAACCACGAGCCGUCCGAAAUGAGUAAUCGCACCAUGAUCAUCUACUUCGACCAGGUACUAGUGAACAUCGGAAACAACUUUGAUUCAGAACGCAGCACUUUCAUCGCCCCGCGCAAAGGGAUCUACAGUUUUAACUUCCACGUGGUAAAGGUCUACAACAGACAGACCAUCCAGGUGAGCCUCAUGUUAAACGGGUGGCCGGUGAUUUCAGCCUUCGCUGGUGACCAAGACGUGACCCGGGAAGCCGCCAGCAACGGAGUCCUAAUCCAGAUGGAGAAAGGCGACCGAGCAUACCUCAAGCUGGAGCGAGGCAACUUGAUGGGGGGCUGGAAGUACUCGACCUUCUCCGGAUUCCUCGUGUUUCCCCUCUGACUGGCGCAGCACCGCAUGGAGGCGGGGAGAGGGCGAAGGCAGGAGGGGCAAUGAGAAGGAGGCUGAAAUGUAAGGAGAAAGCUGCGGACUGGGAACGUCCCACGUGUUCCCCAGCUGAUUCCGCGUGAAAGGUGCGCCAGGCGGUGGGACGACUCUGUCCAUUUACUCCUUAGAAGUAAAUUCCACCUAGCUCUGCGCACUCCCAUUUCCGAAAAUAAACUCGCCUCCCGAUUUCAGUUUCAGUAACGAAGGAAGAGAGACUGCUUUGUCGUUGUUUCUUACCCCAUGUUCAUGCUCCCUACCAUUUACCGAAAAGAAACUUUGUAUUUCACCGUAUAAUGUGAGAUAUCUUCUUCCGCUGUCCGCUGCUGAAAUCUAAUAUGCCCCUCCCCCCUUUUAGUUGAGAGGGGGCAAGGUUUUGUUUUGGUUUUGUUUUUGGAUGGGGGAGUUACUUUUAAUUUGGCAAGUAUUGCUCUUCUUAAAACAGCGCUCAAGAGUUAAUUAGCUGAAGAUACUUUGUGUCCUCGGCUGCUUGUUAGCAGAGAAAGGACUCACCUUAGUGGUGACUGGUUUAAAAA